AGGAAAUGCAUGUGAAAAAUGUCAACAAACAUCAUUUACCUGAAAAGCAAUGUUUUCAUGCAUAGUGCAUCUGUCAAUGAGUUUUAAAUGUGUAAAAUAUGACGUAGCAAUUAACACAUCAUGGCUUUUGCAUCCUCGAGUAGACCUGUAUAUAGUAGACCUAUAAAAAAGUUUGACAACUCAAAGGUAGACGACAAACCAACUUAUGCUAACGAACCGCCUAAAAAUUUACCACAUCAGUAUCAGAACGGAAGCCCUUUUGACAAAGUUAAUAAGGUUGGCGUGUCUCGUCCCUUUAAUAGAGAGACAGAAACACAUAGCAAGCAUCAUCGUGGGAAAAGCAAUUUUGAUAACAUUCGAUCUGAAUGUUUGAGGAGGAGAAUUUUGUAUGAAGACCCAGAUUUUCCUGCUAAAGACUCUUCUAUUUAUUACAGUCGGACUUUACCAUAUAGGAUUGAAUGGAAAAGACCUUAUGAGAUUUCUGCGACGUAUCGACUAAAGCCAAACUUUUUCGUGGAUACACUCGAUAGUGCCUCAAGGUUCGAUGUCAAUCAGGGUGAACUAGGAGAUUGCUGGGUUCUUUCUGCGAUUGCCUGUUUAACAAGUCCAGAUCAUCGAGAGCUGUUCAGACGUGUUGUCCCAGCUGACCAAGGUUUCCAAGAUGGCUGGUAUGCUGGGAUCUUCAGGUUUAAUUUCUGGCAUUUUGGUAAAUGGGUAGAAGUAGUGGUGGAUGAUCGAUUGCCUACUUACAGAGACCAGCUGGUAUUCAUACACUCUAAUCAAUCGAAUGAAUUCUGGGCGGCAUUACUGGAAAAGGCUUACGCUAAACUGUAUGGAUCAUAUGAAGCGUUGAAGUCUGGUAAUGUUGGAGAUGCCUUGUCAGACUUUACAGGGGGCGUCUCAGAAUACUACACACUACGGGGACAGAAAGCCAACUAUCCUAAAGCAUUAGUCAACAUAUUGUUUAAAGCAUUAGACAGACAAUCAUUAAUAGGAUGUGGUAUCAAUCUUCCACCAGAUGGCAGGUCCCAGACAAUGCCUGAUGGAUUAGUGACAGGUCAUGCUUACAGUGUUACAGAUUUAAGAGAGAUACUAUUGAUGUCUGAUAGUGGAGAAAUCCCUAUAACAUUAAUCAGAGUGAGGAACCCUUGGGGAUAUAAAAUAGAAUGGAGGGGCAGAUGGGGGGAAAAAUCAAGAGAGUGGAACAGUAUCCCAGAAAUAGAAAGAGAAAAAAUGGGACUUAUAUUCAGGGAUGAAGGAGAAUUCUGGAUGGAGUUUGGAGAUUUUCUUCAGAAGUAUGACACAUUAGAAAUCUGUAAUCUGACACCAGAUGCUCCAGUAGAAAUGCCAAAACAAUGGCAUACAGCAGAAUUCCACCAUAGAUGGGUCAGAGGAUUCAGUGCUGGAGGAAGGCCUUCAAAUCAAGACACCCAUUGGUCCAAUCCUCAGUUUUCUGUGACCCUGUCUGACAGGGAUGAAGAUGGAGAUAAUGUUUGUAGUCUUGUUAUACAACUUAUGCAGAAAGAUGGACGCAAACUUAAACAGUUUGGAAAGAAAAAUCAGCAUAUAGGUUUCUUUGUUUAUCAAAAUUUAAAGAGUCAUCCGUUGCCAUUAAAGAAGGAAUUUUUUGACAAUAAUCAAAGUGUACAAUCUAGUGGGCUAUUUAUAGAUUCUCGACAAAUUAUAAAGAGAUUAACUUUACCUAGAGGACAAUAUGUAGUGAUUCCGUGUACAUGGGAUAUUAAUGAAGAAGCAGGAUUCUACCUCAGAUUCUUUUUUGAAAAUCAAAACACAGCUGAAGACGUCGAUGAAAUUCCAGAAAAGUCUGACACUCCUCUACCUCAGCAUCCUCCUGAUAAAGAGCGAGAGGAACAGUUUAAACGAUUCUUUUAUGCUGUGUCAGGGGAGGAUAUGGAAGUUACACCUUAUGAGUUACAACAAACAUUAAAUGAAGCAUCAAGGAAAGAUCAACAUCACAGAAAUACGAGUAUAGACACAUGUAAAAAGUUUGUGUCUUUGUUAGAUACAGAAUUAUUAGGCAAAAUAGGUUAUACAGAGUUCUUAUACUUGUGGAAUUUACUCAAAAGUUGGAAGAGAAUAUACUUCCAGUAUGAUACAGAUAAUAUUGGAUCUUUUAGUUGUUUUGAAUUAAGAAGAGCACUGGGAGCAGCAGGUUUUACAAUAAACAACAGUUCUAUGCAAGCUUUGGUAUUUAAAUAUUCUAAUGAGAAAUGUCAUAUAGACUUUGAUGGAUUCCUUUCCUGUCUGUCUAAGCUGACAAAACUAUUUAAUGACUUCAACAAUAUGAAACAGAAUGGCCAGAUUACUUUAAGCAUUGAUCAAUUUAUUCAGAAAUCAUUCCUAUCGUGACAGGAGAUGUGAGGAUGUUGUCUUGGUUCAUACUAAAGGAAAGCGUUACUAGUGAAAGGUGAUGAGUAGUUGAAGUGUUCCAUAUAAUCUCCUGUACAAAUCACUACAUAUACAGUCUCCUAGUGGAUUGUAAUAGGAGCAUGUUGUCUCUUGUCAUUCCGAAGAAUGUAUCACUAGUGAUGAGAUGUUGUCAAAUAGUUCUUGUAUUCGUCUGCCAUAUAGUCAGGCCGAUAUAGUCUACCGAACAAAUCACUUCAUACACAGUCUCCUAGCCUACCAUCUGUAGUUAUUUUAGUUUACAUUGGAAAUAUUUGACCAUAGAAUAAUCUGAGUUCACUUUAGAACCCUGAUAUUAAUCUGAUCUUAUUUUUUUAAUAGCCUAGAUUGGCUAGAUUAAUUGAUUUUAACUAGCGGAUUUAAACACAAUGAAUUUUUAAUGACAUUUUUAGUCAAAGGAUUUCGUUUAAAAUUUUGAUUGUGGACACCAGGAUUUUUU